CUCCCACCAAUCACAAGGCACCACGUGUAUGGACGGACGCCACGUGUCCAUGUCGAUAUAAAGUUCCCCCUCCCCCUCUCCCAUCGCGACCGGGACCCCUUUAGCCUCGUCCGUUUCCGAACCCGAUUUGGUGUUUUUUGCGGGGCGAUCUGAGGACACCGUUAAUGGCGGGUGGAGGUGGUGCGGUUGUGGUGGAGCACAGUGUAGGGCUUGGUAAUGGGGGAGAGAGCAACAAGGCGUGUUGUGAACAUGGAGCGAAGGGGCCGGGGUAUGCGUCCCCCAUCGAGGCCAUGAAGGGGCCCAGGGAGACCUUGAUCUAUGUCACUUGCGUCUACAAUGGAACUGGAAUAAACAAACCGGAUUACCUGGCGACAGUGGACAUUGAUCCUAACUCUCCAACUUAUUCUAAAGUUAUCCAUAGGCUUCCUGUCACCUAUGUUGGUGAUGAGUUGCAUCAUUCUGGUUGGAACUCUUGCAGCUCUUGCCAUGGUGACCCAUCGGCUGUUCGCCGAUUCUUGAUCUUGCCUUCAUUGCUGUCAGGCCGCAUAUAUGUUGUUGACACCACAAAGGAUCCAAGAGCUCCAUCUUUGCAUAAGGCAGUUGAACCUGAAGAUAUUGCCCAAAAGACUGGGCUAGCAUAUCCUCACACCACCCAUUGUCUUGCAUCUGGUGACAUAAUGAUAUCUUGCCUAGGAGACAAAGAUGGCAAUGCAACCGGAAACGGCUUCCUUCUCCUGGAUUCUGAAUUCAAUGUGAAAGGAAGGUGGGAAAGGCCAGGUCACAGCCCAUUAUUUGGCUAUGAUUUCUGGUACCAACCUCGACACAAGACUAUGAUUAGUUCAUCAUGGGGAGCUCCUUUAGCUUUCUCGAAGGGCUUCAAUCUUCAGCAUGUCGCAGAUGGGCUAUACGGAAGACACUUGUAUGUGUACAGCUGGCCUGAUGGUGAACUUAAGCAGACCUUAGACCUCGGCAAUACAGGGCUCCUCCCCUUGGAAACAAGGUUUCUCCAUGACCCUUCAAAAGACACUGGCUUUGUCGGGUGUGCUUUGACAAGCAAUUUGGUGAGAUUUUUCAAGACUGCAGAUGGAACUUGGAGCCAUGAGGUAGCGAUAUCGGUGAAACCAUUAAAGGUGCGAAACUGGAUACUUCCCGAAAUGCCCGGGCUGAUAACCGAUUUCCUCAUAUCUCUUGAUGACCGCUACCUUUACUUUGUCAAUUGGCUUCAUGGAGACAUCAGGCAAUACAAUAUCGAGGACCCUGCGAAGCCUGUAUUGACUGGGCAAGUAUGGGUGGGUGGACUUAUUCAGAAAGGUAGCGAUGUUGUCUAUGUAACGGAUGAUGAGAAAGAAUCACAAUUUGACGUGCCUGAGAUCAAGGGAAAUCGACUGAGAGGAGGCCCGCAAAUGAUUCAGUUGAGCUUGGACGGCAAGAGGCUUUACGUGACCAACUCCCUCUUUAGUGCAUGGGAUGCGCAAUUCUACGGCACUGAUCUCAUGAAGAAGGGGUCCCACAUGUUACAGAUCGAUGUCAACACAGAGAAAGGUGGGCUAUCGGUGAACCCUAAUUUCUUCGUCGAUUUUGGGUCCGAGCCGGACGGUCCCUCGCUGGCCCACGAGAUGAGGUAUCCUGGUGGGGAUUGCACUUCUGAUAUUUGGAUAUAAGCAGAUUUAGAAUGCAAUGUUUAGAAUCCUUGACCUGUUGUAGCAUUUGCUUGUUAUAAAUAAAUGUGGCCAUUGGAUAAGGAGCAUGAGGAUGUUAAUUGUAAUAUUACCUUAACUGGAGCCUCCUUCAAUUCCGUUUCUACUAAAUGUCAGAAAGUGUCUUAUGUUCAGUGAAAAUGAACUAGUUGGUAUUUUCUACAGAAA